AUGGCUGACGUCUCAUCCAGCCGAGGAGUGAAGAGAAACAUGGCGGCCGAUGUCCUCCAGCCUCCGUCCAAAACGUCCCAGGUCACGCUCCUGAGCCCGUCCCUCCUCCUGCUGGAGAUCCCCCCCGACACCCACACCAGCCUCCCUGUGUGGGACGCCGUGAGGUCCCAGCGCGUCCACGUCACCUGGAGCGUCAACGCCUACAGCGUGGGCGUCCGCUUGACCCCGGCGACCUCCGACCGAGGGAGGGACGCCUCCUCCAGCAGCAGAGAGGGCGCCGCCAUCUUCGCCUGGACCUCAUCGCUUUCCUUCGCGACCCAGCAGCAACGUGACGCCUCCCAGAGCCCCCCCAGCGCCCUGCUCACCUUCUCCCAAACUGGAACCCAUGUAUCGCCAUGCCAACCACAGGUGAUCCUUCGGAACCCGACCACCUCCCUCAUCGUCCCGCUGCCGCUCAUCAUCUCCCCACGCCAGCCUCCCCACCAGCCCGGCGCCACGACCAGGAAAGGGGCCGUCAUCCAGACCCCGCCUCCUGCACCCACCAGGCCGCCAGCCCCGUCCAACCCCCCCGUCCCCUGUCCCUUCCACACCAGGAGCUCCUCCGACAUGGACAUCUGCGACAGGUUCCUCUUAGGCGAGUGUGGUGCGGGGGGGAGGUGCAGGAAGCACCACACGCCGUUCCCCUACCACUGGCAGCUGAUGUGCUCGCACACCAACAUGUGGGUCAGCCUCUCGCCUCGCUCUCAGGUCCUGGUGGAGCGGAGCUACUGCGACGCCGCCCAGGAGGUGGUUUCCCUCGAGGACGGACACAUGAGCUGCACCUUGUUCUUUGAAUCGAUGGAGCCGGACGAACUGUCCACGUACGGAGGAGUUAGACGUCUCUCCAACUCCGACAGGAACCCGUACUUCCCCAGCAAAUGGAAGAUCUACUGGUGGACCGACAGCGGCUGGGAAGAAUACAAAAAGGACGUGUCCGAGCUGCUGCUGAAGACGAUGGGAGAGAAGGAGCCCGAGUGCUCCUUCUUCAUCGACCUGCAGGAGUACAAGCUGGACUUCACCACCAUGACCCAGACCCAUGUCUCCACCGGGUUCCAGAGAGAAGUCCGCUGCCGGCCGGUGUUCCGCUCCCCGGAGUCCAUGCAGCCAUACCUGAAGACGGGAAUCCUGCUCGAGCCCACCAGGCCUGCCGGUGAUCUGCCCGGGGCCAACUUCAGCGUGGACCCCCUGGAGGAGUUCAGCUCCUGGUAUCCUCCGGUGUGGUGUCUGGCCCCGGAGGAGGACUACCACCUGGUAGACGUCCCGGUGGGGACGCAGGCCCACCACAGUGUCUGCAACUUCUUCUACCUGAGCAUGUCCCAGACCAAGGUGGAGGUCAUCAGCAUCCAGCAGGUCCAGAACCUCCUGCACUGGGACAAGUACCAAAGGCACAAGAUGAACAUGCAGAAGCAGCACACGUCCACAGAGCCUCUGGAGAGACACCUCUUCCACGGCACAACCACAGACGCUGCCGCAGACAUCUGCCACAACAACUUCGACCCCCGCGUGGCCGGCAUCAACGGAAUAGCCUACGGUUGCGGAUCCUACUUUGCCACCGCCGCCUCCUUGUCCCACAUUUAUUCGAUCAGUGCAGGACAAGACCAGGUCCGCUGCAUGUUCCUGGCCAAAGUGCUGGUGGGGAAGGCGAGUGUGGGGAGGAGGAGCUACCGCCGCCCGCCGCCACUCAACCCCAGGACCAAGCACCUCCUCUACGACUCCUGCGUGGACAACACGGACAAGCCCACCAUAUUUGUGGUGUUUGACAGCUGCCAGUGUUACCCAUACUACCUGAUCAAGUACCAAGACGUCCCCAAAGAGGUCACUAUGUGA